GGAGAAAAGGGAGGAGAAGAGAAGAGAGCCUCUGCCAGGAAGAGGAGAGAAACUGCCUCCGACAGUCCGUCCGUCCGUCAGUCUCUACCUCGGUCCAGCCGGGCAGAGCGUUGUGUGCCAUUCUCCGAGUCCCAUGAGCAGCCCGGGGGGCAGCCCGCUCUCUGUAGCCCGCCCGCAAGUUGCCCCCGCCAGCCCCCCAAGAUGAUGAAGAGGCAGCUUAAUCGGAUGCGGCUGCAGCUGUCCCAGACCGGGGGCUCGGCACGUGUCCAAGAGACUGCUGAAUUUCUGAGCGAGGACCUGCUCCAGGUAGAACAGAGGCUAGAGCCAGCCAAGCGGGCUGCUCACAAUGUCCACAAGAGGCUGCAGGCCUGCUUACAGGGCCAGAGUGGGGCAGACAUGGAGAAGCGUGUGAAAAAAUUGCCACUCAUGUCCCUAUCCCACACAAUGGCUGAGAGCAUCAAAGAGUUGGAUGCGGAGUCUAGCAUGGGGAAGGCUUUAGAGAUGAGCUGUUCCAUCCAAAGUCAGCUAGCUCGCGUCUUGGCGGAGUUUGAGAUGGCCCUGGAGAGAGAUGUCCUUCAGCCCCUCAAUAGGCUGAGUGAGGAGGAGCUUCCAUCCAUUCUCAAGCACAAAAAAAACCUUCAGAAAUUGGUAUUAGACUGGAAUGCCCUGAAAAGCAGGCUCAGUCAGAUGGCCAAAAAUUCAAGCCUCGGGCCCGGUGUCGGGGGUCCUGGGGGUCACAACCCCAUAACCAAUAAGCUGGAGACCUUGAAGGAAGAAGAAGAAGAACUGAAGAAGAAGGUAGAGCAGUCCAAGGAUGAAUAUCUGUCAGAUCUGUAUCACUUUGCUACAAAGGAAGACAGCUACGCAAAUUACUUCAUCACUCUUCUGGAGCUGCAGGCUAGUUACCACCGUAAAUCCUUAAGUUCACUGGAUUCGGCAUUGGCUGAGCUGAAGGAGAGCCAUGGCCACACAGAGAGCGGCACCCGGGUGUUGGAUGUCCCCUCCACCAAAGUGUACGGGGUGGCCCUGAGGACCCAUCUGCAGGAGACGGGCCGGGACAUUGCCUUGCCCCUGGAGGCCUGCAUCUUGAUGCUUUUGUCUGAAGGCAUGAAGGAGGAGGGCCUCUUCCGCCUGGCAGCAGGGGCCUCGGUGCUCAAGAGACUGAAGCAGGCCAUGGCCCUCAACCCCAGCAGCUUGGAAGAAUUCUGUUCAGACCCUCAUGCUGUUGCUGGGGCCCUCAAGUCUUACCUCCGUGAGCUUCCCGAGCCUAUCAUGACAUUUGAACUCUAUGAGGAUUGGAUGAGAGCUGCCAAUCUGAAGGAUCCAAUGGCCCGGCUUGAGGGCCUCCGAGAAGUAUGUGGGAAACUGCCCCAGGAAAAUCUCUGCAACCUGAGGUACUUGAUCAAGUUUCUAGCCAGGCUGGCCAAAGAGCAGGAGGUGAACAAGAUGACUCCGAGCAACAUCGCCAUUGUCCUAGGGCCAAACCUGUUAUGGCCACCCACAAGAGAUGGAGACCAGGCUCAGCUGGAUGCAGCUUCGGUGUCCUCUAUCCAGGUGGUAGGUGUGGUGGAGGCACUGAUCCAGAAUUCAGACGUCCUCUUCCCAGGAGAUAUCAAUUUCAAUGUCUCAGGCUUGUUUACUUCCCCCGCUAUCCUGUAUCAACCCCAUCCCCAGGAACAGUUUUCGGACAGCCCCAAGUCGGAGGAAUUCCCGGCUACUACCUCGCCCUCUCCGGUGGCUAAGGAAAGUAAGGUAGAGUUGGAACCUCCCCCAAGGCCUGGCUCCCCAAAGUUCAGCAAGAACCCCACAGAAGCACCUGCAUCAGUCGAGGAUACGGCCCGAAAGACCAAACGCCCAGCCCCUGCCCGGCCCAUGGUGCCACCACCUCAGGUCCUGAAUCCUCGAUCUUCGCCCCCAACCGUUCCCUCUACAGUUUCUCCCCCAACACAGCCUCAGCCCCAGCCCCAGUCCCAGUCCCAGUCCCAGUCUCAGUCCCAGCCUCAGCCCUCCACUCCAGGGAGUCCGGCUACUCCCAGGGCACUCCCCCGACGUCAGGCGGGCAGCAAUAUUAAGGCCCCCUCUGUGCCACCCCCGCUGCCUCCUCAACCUCCCCAGCCUGUUCGACGGCUGAGUCGACCCUCUCCUGCUUCUCCCAGUCCCCUCCUCACCCCCAGCACUGAGACUGAGGUCCCUGGGGAGGACAGCUGUGCCUCCCCAGGAGGGGGCACCACUCCUCCCCAGCCUCGGCCUAGAACUCUCGCCUCAGAUACUGACUGAGCCAGAGGCGGUCUGACCGCCUCCAUCCACCACAGUGCACUGCCCCUCCUCUUCUUCAUUCCCCUGCCUCUUCUAUUUUUCUGGGGUCCCUUUUCCCUCUGGCCCCAUCCCAUCUGGGAGCUCCGGUAACUCAGCCCUCAACUGCCCAUGAGGAUGGAAAUCUCCCAGCCACAAGUGCCUCUGGCCCUUAGCCCCAGCUGGGCUGGUCCCGUGCCUUGGGAGCUGAGGAGGAGCCCUGGCCUUUGUACUCCCUGGUGACGCCCCUGGUUCUGGGCGUCCAGAGCCUCUCUCCCCAUUGCCUGGCAGGGUCCAGUCAGGGAGGGAAAGAAAAGAAUAACGGGGAGGGCCCUUACUUUGACUUUACUGGGAGAGCAACUCUUUUCCUUUCCCAGAAACGGUUUUUGAUUUUGUUUUUGUCUUGCUAUGGUUUGUAAGUUAUUUUGGAUUGAACUGGAGCACACUUAGUGUGCAGUCCACUGCUCCUCUUGUCUUCCAAUUAAAGGUGAUUAUUGAGAACCAGA